GAGGAGGAGGAGGAGGAGGAGGAGGAGGAGGAAGAGGAGGAGGAGGAGGAGAUUAUGAGACUUGGGGUGUGCUUUAACCCACUUAAAACACCAGCCCAGGGUCUCCUGCCAAAACGAGUAAAAUACGGGGCUUCCUCUUCCUGCAUUGUGACGUCAGACCUCACCACACCCGUUUCACCUGCAGCUGAAGGCAGAACAAGCGUGAAAAUAUUCAGAGAAGAAGAAUAAGAGGAGAACUGGUCCUCACUGAUUCUGGUCCAUCAUGGACCAGUGAAGUCUUUCACACCCUGCAAGUGGAAGGCAAUGUUUUGGGGAGCUAGAGGCCGUAGCACUGUCAGCAGAGUCUGUGUGGGGCCCCUUUUCUCCCUCCUCCCCAGCACCCCUCCGGACAUGGGAUGCCAGCCCCCUGCCCCACGGCCCUGAGCCCUCCUGGGGAACCAUGAACAACUACAGAGACAGAGGGGUCACUUGCACCUCCUCGGACCUUCUUGAUGGAGGAGGAGGAGGAGGGGUGUUUCCCCAGCACACUCCAUUUCGUCACACCCCCAAUGGCCACCCAAUCCUCGCAGACCUUGCCCUCCAGCCACGCAUGUCCGUGCCCAAGAUGGGCGUUCGAGCCCGGAUCGCGGAGUGGCCUCCGCGUCGCGCACAGUCCCGAGAGUCGCUCAUUGAGAAUGGGCAAUUUGGCAGCAAUCACUAUGGAGACGACUGCUCCACCUCAGUUUCAUCCUCCAUCUUGUCAUCUGACGUCGGGCUCAGGCGGGGAGGAGUCGCAAGGUUGCCACGACGACGGUCAAGGGAUGAGUUCAGGCUCGGGGGCUUUGGAGGAGAGAGAGGUUCACCUUUGAGUCUGAGAGUUUUCCCACCGUUACGACAGCGCUCCAACAGCGAAGUGACGCUCAGCGAGCAGGAUGAGAACGAGGUGGAGACUCGAGGAGGUGGUGGGAUGGGGAUCCUGUUCAGAGAGUACGGCAGCACCUCCUCCAUCGACAUCCAGGGCAUCUCUGACCAGAGCUUCUUCGACAUGCUCAACCAGUUCCACCACGAUAGGCCUGACCAGCGCAGCUCAGCACCCGUACGCCUCGGGGAGCUGCUGUGUGCUCCAGACUCUCAACCAAGUGCACCGCUUCCCUCUGCUCCCUCACCUGGUCCCACAGGUGGAGACGACAGAGGGACAGGAAAGAAGGACGGAGCUGAGAGGGUGAGGAAGAAAAGUGGAGGGACAGAGAUGUCACUGGGCACCUCGUCUCUGUUCAGGAAACUUCGCAGCUCGAGCAGAGGGGAGCUGGACGGAGGAAAAGGAGAGACUAAUGACAGUUCAACAGAUGGCUCCUACAAACAGUGGGUGUGCCCAAAGAGCUUUGUCCACUUUGACGCCCAGAGCAUCCUGUUUGACCUCCACGAAGCAGCGGCUCAGCGUGGCUAUGCCACCCAGAGGAGGAACACUGCCACUGGGGCAUCAGCUGCCUCAGUGUCCCUGUCCAUCUCCAGGUCCUCUGCUCCUAGUGUGAACGAGCCAGUUUACUCCAGCAUUGAAGACCUGACUAUGAGCCUGGAACCCGCCAUAACACCCUCCCUGAGCAUGGACCCUCUGGAUGGCCCACUUGGAGCCCACAGCUCAAGCCAAUUGCUCCUCUGCUGCCCACACUUCCUCAAUGAGAUCGGGGGCCACGGGGAGCGCAACAUCAGCUUCCUCAGCUCGUCAGCAGAGCGAGGAGGAGAUGGAGGAGGAGAGGGAGGGAGAGGGUGGCUGAGGAGGAGUAAUGCCAGCGUCUCAGUGCUGGAGGUGCCUAUUGAACAGCAGGUUACAAGACUGGACAGACUGAAACUGUACAGCAUAGAACAUGUAGACCUGGGGGCCAGGUACUACAGAGACUACUUCCAUGGCAAAGACCACUCUAAUUACUUCGGGACAGACGAAAAGUUGGGACCAGUGACUGUGAGCGUCCGCAGGGAGAAACUGGAAGACACCAAAGACCUGAAAGACCAGUACCUGUACCGCCUCAUCGUCAGGACAAGCGAGUUGGUGACCCUGCGAGGCUCCAUUCUAGAGGAUGCAGUGGCGUCUACGGGCAGACACGGCACGGUGCGGGGUCUGCCGCUCAAAGAGGUCCUGGAGCAGGUGGUUCCCGAGCUCAGCGUGUCCUGUUUGAGAUUGGCUCUCAGCACACCCAAAGUCACAGAGCAGCUCCUAAAGCUGGAUGAACAGGGGUUAAGUCAGAAGCACAAGGUGGGAGUUCUGCUGUGCCGCGCAGGCCAGAGCACCGAGGAGGAGAUGUACAACAACGAGGAGGCGUCACCGGCCUUCUCUGCCUUCCUGGAGCUGCUGGGGGAGCAGGUGCUUUUGAAAGGGUUCGGCAAAUACGCCGCCCAGCUCGACACAAAGACGGACUCCACGGGCACCCACUCCCUGUACACCACCUACCAGGGCUAUGAGGUCAUGUUCCACGUGUCCACCAUGCUGCCGUAUAUGCCCAACAACCCACAGCAGCUCCUGAGAAAGAGGCACAUAGGGAACGACAUCGUCACCAUAAUCUUUCAGGAGCCAGGAGCGUUACCAUUCACACCUCAGAAUAUCCGUUCACACUUCCAGCAUGUCUUUGUUAUUGUGCGUGUGCACAACCCCUGCUCUGAAAACACCUGUUACAGUGUCGCUGUGACUAGGAUGAAGGAUGUGCCCCCGUUUGGCCCAUCCAUUCCCAACAGUGUCACCUUCCGUGACCGAGAAACCUUCCGUAACUUCCUUCUAGCUAAAGUUAUCAAUGCAGAGAAUGCAGCACACAAGUCAGAGAAGUUCCACACCAUGGCGACAAGAACGCGGCAGGAGUACCUGCGUGACCUGGCUGAGAACUACGUCAGCACCACACCGCUCGACUCAGCCGGGAAACUUAACAACCUUAUCUCACUUGCAUCUAAAAAACGUGAGCGGUCGAAGCCGAGAGAAGGAGCCGAGCUGGGAGCCGCAGGGGCCGUGGCCUGGAGGGCCCAGGCCCAGGACUUUAGCGGGGGUGCGACGGAGCUGCCCUCUGCCAUGGGUUUGUCGGCUGAAUACGUCCUCCUGACAGACUGCUCCACCAAAGAGGUGGUGUUUAACUGUUUCUGUGCGGACGUGAUCGGCUGGACCCCGGAGCGUCUGUCACUGAAGAUCUUCUAUGGAAGAGGAGACCACAUCGCUGUGCGGGUACCGGAGGGCUGUGCGCAGGACAUCAGGGAAAUGGUGCAGAGGUUAAAGUCGUUGACAGUUGGAUGUGAAACGGUGGAUAUGACUCUGAGAAGAAACGGACUGGGACAACUGGGCUUCCAUGUUCGCUUGGACGGCACUGUGGCGGAGGUGGAGGAAUACGGCUUUGCCUGGCAGGCGGGACUGAGGCAGGGCAGUCGGUUGGUGGAGAUCUGCAAGGUGGCCGCAGUGACGCUGACUCACGAACAGAUGAUCGACCUGCUCAGGACAUCGGUCACCGUCAAAGUGGUGAUCAUCCCUCCGUACGAAGAGGGGGGACCUCGCAGGGGCUGCACAGAGGAGUACGAGAUGAAGACCAUGGAGCAGAAGCCAGAACCUGAGCCUCUGGCUGCAGGAUACCGACCCUCCCCUCGGCCGACGUGGCGAUGGGACAGCCCACCCAUCCCUCCGGGGCUCCACAGUACCCCCAACCCGCAGCGCUGGGCCCCCAUGGGCCCCCCGCCGCCUCCACUGCCCCGCACACACAAGACCCUGAUCCCUGUUCCUUACAGAGACCCGCAGCACCUCAACUCCAAGAGGCCAGUGAGCUACCCAGAGAACCACUACACUCUGUCCCCUGCAGGAGGGGACCGACUCCUGACCUACAGAAACCCCUCCGCCAGCUUCUCCUCGCCCUCCUCAGGCCUGAUCGGCCUCUCCGCAAUGGGCCCACCUGGAAUCACACCAGGCCCAUUCGUGCGCUACAAACAUUCCCCCGACAGAUAUGGAGCAGGACAGCGCCCCCUGCUGCCCUAUGAGCCCCACCUCAGCGUGGACAUCAACUCCAGUGGAGAGUCUUCCUCUGGCUUCACCAGUCAGGAAAGCACCAUGGAGCGCUGCAAAACAGAACCCCUCUGGCAUGUUCCGGUGGCAGCGUCCCGGGGACCAGGUGGUGGAGCCGGGCAGAGGAGGAUCCCCAGACAGGACAUCCCAGGGAAAGACUCUCCCAACAGACACUCCAAGGGCGAGACUCAAUACUCCAGUCACUCCAGCAGCAACACUCUGUCCAGUAACGCCUCCAGCGGCCACAGCGACGAGCGCUGGUUCGACGGAGGACCUGGAGGCGAGCGAGGAGGAGGCGGGGGAUGCCUUGGCGACCUGGCAGACCCCGACCCUGACCUUCUCAACAAGGGAGGGUCCAACGACAGCGGGAUCGACGCCUCCACCCACUACGGCAACAACCGCCACGGGAACGUGCCCAACAGCCUGCCCCUCAAGCCCAUGCACGGCUCCACGACUUACACUGGCCUCCAGGAGCUCUCUGUGGGAAGGAGCAGCGGUGGGGGAGAAGCAAGGAGACGAGAGUCUUCACCCAUCAGCGCGGCUGAAGUCAAUAAAGGCUACCGGACGAGGACAUUCCCACCUCCUGGCUCCAGUGCUGAGAAGAUGGAAGCUUUCAAACCCAGGGCCUACACGCCGCAGGGCUACAAGACUCCGACAGCGGAAAAGGCGCGGCAUGUCCGAGCUUCCACCACGACACCCACCUCCGCUCAGCUGAGCUCCAUCCUUCUGUCCAGCUCUGCCCCCAAAGCCUUAUACGGGAAGAGCCGACCAAACGCCUGGCAGAACGAGGACAACAGCCCGUCGCCCGCAAACACGACUGUGGCUUCCAGCUCCGACAGCAGCAACAGCAAGAAGCAGGUGGACACAAAUUCAAAGAACGUGUUUGGACAACCUCGACUCCGAGCGUCCCUGAGGGACCUGCGAUCUCCACGGAGGACGUACAAGAGCACCAUCGAGGACGACCUGAAGAAACUGAUCAUCAUGGACAACCCGGGAGAGCUGCCACAGAGAGAUCCAUCUCCCAGACGGACUUUGCAGCGCACGUUUUCAGACGAGUCGCUGUGCAGCGGCCGCAGAGACGCCAGCUUUGCCAACUCCGAGAAACCGACAACUCCGACUGACGUGCUGUUCACCUGCACGCUGCCAACACGCAGACACGCCGUGACCUCCAACCACCUGCAGAUCAAGAAGGUGCCUCUGUCUGCGUCUGAACUGUCCCUCACAGAGGUCAGGGACAAAGUUCCCCCCCUGAGGAGGCUCGAUCCUGGGCUGAUGCCUCUCCCUGACACUGCCUGUGGACUCGAGUGGUCCAGCCUGGUCAUUGCUGCAAAAGCCUACGAAGCACAAAGAGCGGUUUCCCUCUUCUCCCUGACUGAGCCGCAGGUCGGAAGUCCUGACAUGAGACCAGUCAUAAGUCCUGUUCAGUUCCAAACUCCUCAGACGCCACGGACCACCCCGACCCUCAGCAGUGACGAGGCCCCCCCCGAGUUGUCUGGCCGGCUCUACCACCUGGAGGUCAUGUUGAAGCAGCUGAAUAACGACCUGGAGAGAGAGAAGAAGGAUAAAGUCGUCCUGAUGGCGGAGAUGGCCGACUUGAGAGAGAACAACCAGCGUUUGCAGGAGGAGAGCAUGACAGCCAGCGAGCAGCUGCGCAAGUUCAACAACUUUUUAACCAACCCCCACAGCACAGGAAGUGACCACGGGGCUCACUCCUUAGUGCACGACACGGACUCAAAGAGGGAGUGAUCAACAGCUGCAGAAGAAGAAGAAGAAGAAGAGUGUGAUUCAGGCCUGAGGGAGGGCAAGUGUGAGAGGAGUAUUCUUUCAGGAGGCGGAGGUCAGUUCCCUCACUCAGCUUCCACUGGACUGCCUUAAACCAGAGAGAGUCCGAAAAAUACUAUUUUUGAAACGCUACACUCCCGGAAAGUCUCGCCGAGCAGAGACCCUCCCUCUCUUUUCUCUGAGCCUGUUUAUUUUUAUAAACUGAAGUCAAAGUCUUAUAUACUUUCUAUAUAUGUAUAAAUAUACUGAGUCUGCUACUAUGCCGGAGGAGUGAUGGAGAGGAGAGGAGAACCGAACUGUUUUUUGAGAACACUACAUCACCUGGAGAGGCCUAAUACUGUUCCUGCAGCGAAAUCCGCCAAAAAAAAAAGACUCAUUACAGACUGCAUCUCCCAGAAUGCACUAGUAGUAAUGGAAGCUCUACAGACAUGGUACUGUAGAUAGAUGCCUGUGUGGUACAAUUCUCUUGUAUCGAUAUUAUCUAUAUUUUACUGAUAUUGCAUAACGGUUGUACUAAAGAGGUGUGUGUGUAUGUGUGAGAGAGAGAGAGAGAGACUGAUGGUACAGUGAAUAUUCUGAAGCAUUACUGCACAUCAAUGUUUGUGCUGAAGUCUUGAUUUGUUUUAUUGCCCUUCAGUGUGUGUGUGUGCGUGUGUGUGUGAUGGUCUGUUUAAGAACAACUGAUUAAUGAACAAACUAAGUUUACUGUAAAAUGAAACUUGUGGGCCACAGAAUUCUUCUUUCCUCCGUUUACGUGGAGGAGCCGUGGCCCACAGAUGUGAAAGAAGCCGUCAGAGAGUCGAGUGAGUGGUGAUUGGUCGAUGUCAGGAACUCGGUGACGCCCACAUCGUGUCUCUGAUGUUGUUCAGAAUCUCCAGUAGUGCCGUAUCAUCUCAGACCUCAACGUACUGAAUGAUUAUUUUAACCCCAGAACUUUAGCUGAGACUUUAAGACUUUUUUUCCUCUUCUUUAAAACAAUACACUUAUUUUCUUUCUUGCAGAUAAAAAAGAUUGAUGCCACUAUUACCUUAGUCCGGCCUGGUGGCCUGGCAACUGGCGUAACAGAGUUAUGUGAUUUAAGCAAUUUUUUUAACGUAAUAUUUUUUCGUGUACUUGGUCUUAAAUAGCUCUGACCAAUCAUGGAAUCCUCACUGUAUUUAUAAAAAACAGACAAGAUGUUAAUCGGCGAGCUUUACAAAUGCUUAUUGGUGGAUUUUGUUCAGUCUUAUAACGCUUAAAUAUCAGUAUAAUAAAUUAUUGAAAUGUUAAAUGUGUUUGCAAACAAAAACAAUAAUCCUUUUCAUUAGUUUAUGCUGUGGUGUAAAAAUGAAGCCCCAUUUUACAGCCUGUGUUUGUUUACAUUUUGGCCUUUGCUGUUGUAAGUUCCUGUUCAUGCUGUGAACAAAACAAACACAUUACUUUGAUGUAGAAAACUCAAAAAAUAUGAUAAAGCUCUCGACUUUUU